ACGUAGCAAAGGUCUCGAGCGGAAAUUGCAAAUUAUCCGAGCGGAAAAAGUCUCCGAAUAUCACCGAUACCAAUUAGCCAUGAAUAAGGAGUUCAUUUUGCAGGGCGGCACGCCCAUUACCAGCGAACUGGCAACGGAGCUGCGCAAACUCGUCUUUGGCACAGCGGCGAUCCCAAUGCGUGCCGAGUGGCUGCAGACGGCCUUCGUCUUUGGUGCUCCACCCAAGGAGGAGUUGGCCUAUGGACUUCGAUGUCCGAGGAAUGCCACACGCGGUCUGCUCUCCGUGGUGCAGGGCUUCAUCGUAAAGUAUUUGCUCUUUUCCCGCAAGAGUACUCGCAACAAUUGCACUGAUCCUCUGCUGGCCACUGCUGAUAUGCAGAGGGAUGCACUCUUUCACGCCCUAAUCGAAAUACUGCGCACCAUCUCGGACAAGGGCAAGGUCACCAUGGUGCUGCCCUCCGAGGAUGAGGUGUUUGUAGAUCACAGUGCCAGCUACUUUCAUGACACGGUCACCGAGAAGCUCUAUACCUUUACUCUCUCCCCCAACGACGAACUGGAGCACUUUAUGAAGCGCAAUUUCAAAUACUUUACAGAAGAGGAGACCCCGGGCACUUUGCUGUUUCUCUAUAGCGCCGUCCUCACACGUUCGAUGGGAAAAGUGCGCACGGAUUUGGAUUCGACGAAGGGUUCGCCUUUGACGAUGAGCAACCACGAAGAGGGAUCCCUGAUGAUUGUCACGCUGCUGUUGACCGGACGUGCCACGCCCUAUAUACACAACGGCGUCAUUAAUGUGGGCGAUGAAAAUAGCUAUGCUGUGCCGCAGUACGGGGUACUAAAACGUUGUAUGAUCGGUUUACUACUCUGGGAUAUUGAGUCCGCCAGUGCUGCUGUCAAUCAAUCGCGGCAACCGGGUUCGCGUCUGAAGACACCCAACUAUCCCAUUUGGAUAACUAGCUGCACGGGUCAUUAUGGUGUGAUCUUUAAUCGAAACCCGGAUCUGUUGCGCAACUAUCAUGCCGAGUCGCGCUUUGAUGUGAACUAUUACAGCUGUUCGGGCCAUCAGAUACUGAUGACCAUCGAUAAUCGGACGUACAAUGAGCAGGCAUUGGUCAUGUUGGAGCGGCAGCCAAUUACACCGGAGAGCACCUCAUUGUCGGGCAAGCCGGGCAAGGAUGAGCCUGUCUCGCCGGUUGGUGGUGCUGCUGCCGGCGUUGUUGGUGUCGCUGGCACUAGCGGCGGUGGUGGUGCUAGUGGUGCUAGCGCUGGCAACGAUGUGGUCGCCAAGGAGGAGUCAACGCUCAACACGCCAUUGCAGCGUUUGAUUCAUACCAAGUGGGAAGAGGCAACUAUAAGCUUUCACGUGCAGCCAUCGAUGUUGAGUUAUCUUUUUAGUACCACACAGUAGUACGAGAGACCAGCUCCUCCCCCAUCAUAAACGAAAAUGCAAAACUCUACUUUCCCCCCUCUAAAGAAGUUAGCUAACUUUCUUCCCCCGGCCUCUAGUCUAGUUCCCAUUAAACAAUUUCCUUCUCCCCUUUUCUCGCAAUUUGCAUUGUCAGCAUGUCAGCUUGUUAUGUUGUCUCUUAAUCUAUGAUAUAAAUCGACUUUCUUGGCGAAUGACCAAUACCCUACACCAUUUGCAGCCAAGUAAGUUGUCUACUCCUACAGUUCCAUAGUUGUCCUAGCACCAUUUGUUAGUCUAAUAAUCCUUUUUAUAAUACAAUUCCCGUAAGUUCCCCUUACCAAAAUAAUUACUAUUUUCAUUUGUUAUGUAGUUUUUUAUUAUUCACUUACUAGUUGUGAUAGAGCUCUAAAGAACAAUACAUAGAAGUAUAACUCCCUUUAACGGAUGGUAGAUUCCUUAACUAGUUUUAAUUACUAUAGUCUAGUGCCAUUAAUUGUAUGCUUUAUAGUUACAAAACUAAAAAAAAAAAUCAAAAAACCCUGCACACAUUUUCUAAUUAUUCACUUAGUUGACUUCUAAUAAUGGCUGUCUCUGAGCUCUGUUCUGAAGAAAUGUCAAAUAAUUUUCAAAUGGUAUUUUAAAAAGAUACACGAAUUUGUAAAUUCCAAAACAGCGAUGGUAAAUACACGUAAAAUAUUGCGGAAAUUAUGUUACCGAGGCCUCUCUCAAUCCAUCAAGAGCGACUACAGGAACUCAACCAGUUGAGGUUGCCGCCUGGAGCCACUAGACGAUCAAAUUACAAUACUAAACUAUCCACGGCACUUACAAUUACAUU